AUGCCUCCCCGGUGCCAAUUACUCUCUGGCCGUCUCCCAACUCAGAGAUUGGCUCCUCGCCCGGCAAAAUCGACACACCGAACCUACGCGACGUCCGAGCCCACUCCCGCAGUGAAGAACCCGCUGCAGCGACGACGCGGCGGUGAUCUCGGCUCCCACCUUCCCAAGAACGUCAUCCCCAAAGAUGCAUACAUCCCCGCAUAUCCCUAUGGCGACCAGCAGUUGUUCAAGCAAGCCAACAAGGGUCUCUACGGCGAGCAGAUGAUCCGCUUCGGCAAUAAUGUCUCCAAAGACACCGAAACCAAGACGCGAAGGAACUGGAAGCCCAAUGUACUCUCCAAAAGCCUAUACUCGGUUGCAUUAAAGAAGAGGAUAAAGCUGCGCAUCACCGCCAAGGUUCUCAAGACCAUGGAUCGCGAGGGUGGGCUGGACGAGUACCUGCUCAAGGACAAUGUGGCACGUAUCAAAGAGCUUGGACCUAUGGGAUGGGCGCUACGAUGGACACUCAUGCAGAAGCCGGAAGUCAUCGAGCGGUUACGAGCAGAUGCUGCUGCUCUAGGCCUGGAUCAAGCCGCAAUUGACAAGCAAUGGCCUACACUCCAAAUGCAGGCUGAGCAAAGGGCAGCUGAGGGUACAUUGGUCAGGAACGUAAAUUCUGGCGCACCUGUGGAUUUGGAGUUUGCUCAGACAGAAGGACAAGAGAUGUGGGCUGGGGAGGAAGCCGAAGACCCGGCGGCGCUAGAGAAACGCGAGAAGUACAUUGAGUCCCGUGCUGCCAUCGAAUACACAAAGGCAACCAAGGCAGCAGAACGCUACCUCAGCCGAGGUGUCGUCGAUAGCGUGGAGGAAGGUCUCAAGUUAGCUUUCAUACGAGCCAGGGAGCGCGAAGAGGCAGCCGCACUCCUCAAGCACAAGUCUGUCAGGAAACAACAAGAGGCAGGCUUCACAAAGGCAGAGCUACAGGAAAUCAGGACAAGAUUCAACCUCCCCAACAUCAAAGACCAUACAGCCAGGAAGAUCGCUUACAACCAACGAAAACGCAAGAUGAUCGACGAAGCUGGUGGCAUUGAAGCCUGGAAUGCAUCCAAAGCUGCCGCCCAUCUUGCCCGCGUAGCAGAAGCCGGUGGAGAAGAAGCUUUCCUGAAAGAGCGGAAAGCUGAAUAUGCUGCUCUUAUCGCGGAAGCGGAGACUGCUUCUACCAACGAGGCUAUCGACGCUGAACGACGGACCUACUACCAGAUUGCUAUCGAGAGGGCGGACCGAGCUAUCAAGGCCAAGGCUGGUAGUGGCGAGGCCGACUACGUCGAGUCGACCUUGGAGGAGUUCCGCAAGCGGAGUGGUGGUGGCCUGAGUGAGAUCUACCGUGCGGCGCAAAGGGAGAGGAGUGCGGGUGGUGAUGCUUGGGGCGCGCUUGUCAAUUCGAGUAAGAAGCCUGCGGAUAGCCGGCCGCGCGUGUAG